AUGUCUAGAGAAGGUUUUGUUCCACCAUCUGCUUCAAAUUUGGGUAACGCAGCAAGUGGUAUCCAAUCCAUCAAAAACUACGGUGUGAAGUAUGUUUGUGCACAAUGUGCAGUCAAUUUCACACUUUCGCCAAAAGAGCCUGUCAGAUGUAAGGAAUGUGGUCAUAGAGUCCUUUAUAAGGCUAGAACCAAAAGGAUGGUUCAAUUUGAGGCUCGUUAA